AUGUUAUCCCAUAAACGGCGUGACCGUCCAGUACGACUGGCCCAUGUCGUACAGGUACCCUGUGGAACGCGUUCUGACCGUGUACCUAACACACAUGUAUAUACCGUAUCGGGAGGGUCGGUGUUACGAUCCCCUUUCCCCGAAGAACGAGCUGCUCGAUGGGUAAUACAUACAACAGUACGUACCUACAUAGCCUCAAAGUCGCAAAGGUGGCCUUUUGGGAUUGGCACCGUGCGUCGUCGGCAGAAGAUUGCCAGGUGGGCUGGCCAUUGGGCUCGGCUGGGUUGGCCUCCAGCUCCCAGCUCCCAUGAAUAUAUUCAUUUGGGACUGCACUGCUGGAGCUGCUCGGUGCACACUGCGAAACAGCAGAGGAGAGGGCCGUUGAAGGAGAUGAAUUGGCCCGACAAGGCGUUGGGAAAUAAGGCCGUCCGCAGUUCGCGGCACUCGCUCUACAGUCUCUCUACACAAAGUCGCCAACUCCCAAGGGCCCUGCAGCACGCCUCAAUCGGAGGUUCGGAAAUCGGAGGUGCUACAUCCCGAAGUGGAUUCAACACCAUUACCUGGCCUCUUCUUGCGACGCCAUCCAUCAUACCAAUAAUUCGAGAGUACUGCGCAACGCGUGCGAUCGCGUCGCAUUACUGGAAUAGAAUCAGCUUUCCUAAUCAUUCGGGUCCCUCACCUACCUGGCAAAGCUGGGCCAUCUUCCUGGCCAUCGCCGGUGCCGCAUACUGGUACUACAACCAAAAUAGCCAUGCUGGCGAACGGGGACGAUCAGCCACUCGCACACCAAUUGGCGGCGCCUUGAAGGACUCUGUGCAAUGGAGCGAUUCUGACAACAAGAAGCCCAAAGCAGUUCAGAAGCAGGCCAAGGCCAAGGCUCCCCGAAAGUCUGUCAAGUCGGCUGUCCAGGAGGUGGGCAACAAAGUCGAGGCAGCGCUUGCCACAGCCUCGCCUACGUCUGAUGCAGACGAUGAUUCAUCCCGGGCCGCUUCACCUGUCGCCCCCUCCAACAAGAUGCCUAGCGGAAAGGACGCGUCCGACAUGUUGGACUCACAGCGUGCCGCUCCUGCGGUCUUGAACCUCAAACCUGCCGACAAGCCCGCUCGCUCGGCCAAGCCUCAGGUCAAGAAGACGGAGAGCACCCAGGAGACCAAGAAGCAGCGCCAGAACAGGAAGAAGGUGGAGGAGGCCAAGGCUGCGCGUGAAGAGGAAGAAAAGGAACGACAGGCUCUCCUGGAGAAGCAGCGUCGCACCGCUCGUGAAGCUCGUGGCGAAGCCGCCAAGAACGGACUUCAGCAGGCCAAGGCUCCUGCAUCGAACGCGUGGACCACGGUCCCCAGCCGCGGCGCUGUCCAGCCUCCGGCGUCGGCUCCUACUGGCCAGCUCCUCGACACCUUCGAGGCUGCAUCUACUGGCAGCACGAGCGAUGCGCCCACCAACGGAACAGCGCAGAGCGCUGCCUCUUUCAACGGUCUGCCCUCUGAGGAAGAGCAGUUGAGGCUUGCCAUGGAGGACUCUGCUUGGACUACAGUCCCCAAGGGCGGCAAGAAGGUUCGCAAGACGGUGAACGAGGAACUCAUGGAGGAGAGCAACAACAACAUCGCUGCCGAGCAGGCUGCGCAGCCCGUCAAGGCUGUCCGGCCUACCCCAGCUUUGAAGCCGGAGAACCAGAAAGCCAGCUCCCGCUACCAGAUCCUCUCGGAGGACUUUGCUCCUUCCCACCCCCAAGAUUCUGACUGGCCGGUAGUAUAA